GACAAUAACAAAUCCGAAGUAGUUAUCGCUGCUUUCAAUCCAUGAUACAUGGAAUAUUUCUUUACAUAUUAAAAAUGACCUUGCUGAUGAGGGGUGGGGCGGCCAGGCGAAAUAAAAAAAAAUGGAGGGAGGUGACAAGUUAUGCUAUAAAGGAGACCUAAGGGGAUGACAUUGAAUGAUUCUUUUUUAGGCACAAUUCUUGAUGGUGACACUGAUAGAAGCUGUUGAGAUGUCGUCAAGGAAAUAUAGACCUACUUUAGAUAGCUGUAGCCUAACAAGUCCUCUAGAAACUGUAUUGAGUCAAGCAAGUGAUAUAUGUCUUUCACUGAUUGGUUUACAUAAAUACAGCAGCAACAGUAAUUACCUUAGCUUCAGUUGGGAAGAUAUCCGUCUGAACAGACUAUUUCUUCUCGAGAACAAUGCUAUCAAUUUAAAUUCCUAUUUCAUCAAAAGCAGAUUCAUUUAUGGCUCCAGUGUAGAUAAUGUGCUAAGGCACAACGUAGGGAACGACAUCACAUAUGCGCUAUCUUAUACGAAAUCUGGGAGAGAUGCGCAGGCAUGCCUAUUGUCUAGAUAUACUAUGGGCAUUGCUUUACAAGAGGCGGCUACUUGUGUAGCAGAGAACAUUAUCAUGGCAUUGAUGUUUGCAGCCAUCAUCACUAUUAUUGUUAUCCGAUUUGCAAUGGCCUGUCUCUUUCAGUGGUUUAUCUCACACCAGCUUGUGAAGCCUGGAGGAAGAUCCAAUUGGCUUGCUUGGCGUUCAGUUAGAGGUGGUAACAAUGACCCUGCUAACCAUGUUUCCGGCCCAUAAAAUGACUAUGGUACCACUGGUAUCAUGACAGGGUCUUCUCGAUCUUUGGGCUCAAGCAAUCGUAAUCAAUCUGCCUCUAGGAUAGUGAGCCAUCCCAGGUCUAUGUCAGGAUUUCAUGAUUAUACAACAGAUCAUGCGUGGUGCAAAUGCAGAUGAUGAAGCUGAUGAGGAUGGAGGAAGAAAAAGAGACGGUAUAGAUGA